UUUACAGUAUCUACUUUCGAGUCGAAAUGCAUGUAAUGUUUUAAAAUGCUCGUGUGUUUAAAUCGAUUUUCGAAGUUCAACGUCUACGCCACCGCCGCCAGGCUGCCAUGCAACUAAGCUCGACGUCGAGUCGGUCACGCAACGUGAUAAGCUAGUGUUCUUACCGUGGCAAAAGUGCGUAAAAGCUCGCAGCGCUAAAACCAGCAGCUAAUUAGACAGGCUAGUGUCGGGAGGUGUGUGUGUGCAACUGGUGCAGCAAAUCGCUGGAGAACGCGGCGGCCACGCCACAGCAGCAGCAGCAGCAGCAGCAACCACAGCGUCGACAACAAUAACAACGGGCAGGGAAAAGAGCUGCGCAAAAACGUAAACAAAAGCCAGUUGGAAAAGCGAGCGGCCAGGCAGGAGCCAGAGGAGAGCCAGGGGAAAACAAAGCCACGAAGGCGCAGAACAAAGAGGGGCUCAGGGGACGCGAGGGGGCGAGAGAGCGCAGCGCGAGCAGCGGAACAGGAAGAGGCGGAGAGGCGGAGGAGCAGCAGCAGCAGCAGAAGAAGAAGCGCAAAACAGAGGCCGAAAAUGGACUCGGACAAUGACAACGAUUUCUGCGAUAAUGUCGACUCGGGCAACGUCUCCUCGGGCGACGACGGCGACGACGACUUCGGCAUGGAGGUGGACCUGCCCAGCUCCGCGGAGCGCCAGCUGGACCAAGACGACUACCAGUACAAGGUGCUCACCACCGACGAGAUUGUGCAACACCAGCGGGAGAUCAUCGACGAUGUCAAUCUGCUGCUGAAGCUCCCCACGCCCAUCACGCGGAUACUGCUGAAUCACUUCAAGUGGGACAAGGAGAAGCUCUUGGAAAAGUACUUCGACGACAACACCGAGGAGUUCUUCAAAUGCGCACACGUCAUAAAUCCCUUCAACAACGCCACCGAAGCGGUCAGACAAAAGACCACACGAAGUCAGUGCGAGGAGUGCGAAAUAUGCUUUUCACUACUACCGCCAGAUUCGAUGACCGGGCUGGAGUGCGGGCACCGAUUCUGCAUGAUCUGUUGGCGCGAGUAUCUCACAACGAAGAUCGUUACGGAGGGUCUGGGCCAGACCAUCUCGUGCGCGGCGCACGGCUGUGAUAUCCUGGUGGACGACGUGACCGUCACCAAGCUGGUGCUGGACGCACGGGUGCGGGUCAAGUACCAGCAGCUGAUCACCAAUAGCUUUGUGGAGUGCAACCAGCUGCUGCGCUGGUGUCCGUCCGUCGACUGCACCUAUGCGGUGAAGGUGCCGUACGCGGAGACCCGCCGCGUCCACUGCAAGUGCGGGCAUGUCUUCUGCUUCGCCUGCGGCGAGAACUGGCACGACCCGGUCAAGUGCCGGUGGCUGAAGAAGUGGAUCAAGAAGUGCGACGACGACUCGGAGACGUCCAACUGGAUCGCGGCCAAUACCAAAGAGUGUCCCAAGUGCAGCGUGACCAUCGAGAAGGACGGCGGCUGCAACCACAUGGUGUGCAAGAACCAGAACUGCAAGCACGAGUUCUGCUGGGUCUGUCUCGGCUCCUGGGAGCCGCACGGCUCCUCCUGGUACAACUGCAAUCGCUACGACGAGGACGAGGCCAAGACCGCCCGCGAUGCCCAGGAGAAGCUGCGCUCCUCACUGGCAAGAUAUCUCCACUACUACAAUCGCUACAUGAACCACAUGCAGUCGAUGAAGCUUGAGAACAAAUUGUACUCAUCUGUUAAGCAAAAAAUGGAGGAGAUGCAGCAGCACAACAUGUCCUGGAUCGAGGUGCAAUUUCUGAAAAAGGCUGUCGACAUACUUUGCCAGUGCCGUCAGACUCUCAUGUACACAUACGUGUUUGCGUAUUACUUGAAAAAGAACAAUCAAUCCAUGAUAUUCGAGGAUAAUCAAAAGGACUUGGAGUCGGCAACGGAGACGUUGUCCGAGUAUUUGGAACGUGAUAUUACAUCCGAGAACUUGGCUGAUAUUAAGCAGAAAGUGCAAGAUAAAUACAGGUAUUGUGAAAAGCGGUGCUCUGUCCUGCUGAAGCACGUGCACGAGGGGUACGACAAGGACUGGUGGGAAUACACAGAAUGACGAGAGUCAUGGCUGGAUAACUAAGCUAAGCUGAGCGGCAGGCAGUCGGCAGUCGGCAGUCAGUGUAGUGCCCGCUACACGCCUCCCCCAACCAGCAUCCCAAGGCACCGAACGCUAGCGCCCCAUCCACAUAACCAACACCAACACCACCCACCCACACCGAAACCGAAGCCGAAGAAGUUGAACAGAAGUUAGGGAUAAUGUAGAAGCUACAGCACGGAAAGGCAAAAGGAAGGAAACGCGGAACCCCAAGAAGAAAACAACCGAAGUUGCGAGGCGGAAAGUGAACCCAUUCGGGGAUAUUGUGAAACCAGAGAGAAAUCAAUAUUAAAUCGUAAUAUGCAAAUAUAUAAUUAUAUAUAUAUUUUUCUUCGUAACGAGCAGCCGCAUCAGGACACUAGGCCGGACAGGAUCAGCUAGACACACUCUCACAACCAGUCACAAUGAUCAGAAGCAGCAAAAGCAGCAGCAUCAUCAGAAUCAGCAGCCGCAGCAGCAGCAGCAGCCGUAUAUAUAUAGUAAAUAAUCAACAGUUACAAACUUAUUUGAUGUUAACCGAUUGCAAAGAGAUCUUCAUGUUAUCAAAAGCAAAAACUAAGGAAAAAGCGCAAGAGAAAGCGACAAAUUAGUGAAUUCAAAGCUCCACGAAAGAGAAACGAACAAUAGAACCUAAACGUAUGUGAAAUAAACUACACAUGUAAGCCGAAACACUCGCCCAGCCUCCUUUCCACCUGCCCAACUUCCUGCGAUUUUCAACUGUCAACGACCACCAGCGCUUUUUAACCCCGUUUCGAGUUAGCGAUAUUGUUCAUUAGUUCCAAUCUCAGACCCAGUUCGAUUUAGAAUUUCAAAUUUCGAGUUUCUUCCAGAUUGUUAAGCAUGUUUUAAAAUUGAUUUGCCUAUUCCCAUUCUGUUUUCUGUUCAAUAAACUAUUGUGCCUAGCAUAAAUGGAACGAAAAUGUUUGCGAUUCGAUCGGUUAGGCUUUGUUUUCGUGGCGGGAGCAGAGCUACGCCCCCAUUCUUAGUUCGUAAUGGCCACUCGAAUAUUGUAAAUGUAAAAUGGAGCCGGAUCAGUGCUCCCAGCCGCGCCAAUCCACGUAAGCUCUGUUGCUCCAGCACAAGCCGAAGAAGAUCUUACACACAGCACACUGAGUUAUAUAUAGACGAGAAGUGUAUAGUUAGGGAGGCGGAAGAGGGUCCAUCCCCGGGUCCUCGGAGCGUCCUCCUGCCCCGAUCGUUGUAUAUAAGAGAACAGUUUUGUCCAUGGUUUCCUAGCCCGCCCACAGAGCCACACAAGUAGGCACGUUGAACACAUGAAGUGCACCCAAAACUCGACUUGCCGCGCCCCCGCUACGAAGGCGUUGGACCCUUUUACCAUGUUUCCGUCUCCGUUUUCAGCAUUCUCCAUAUUCUUAAUGACAGUAAAUGAAGAAAACAAUUAUAUUUAUAAACAAAACUAAAUGGAAAACUCAUUGAAAUUAAAUUGAUGUAAAAAGUUAAAAGUUGUUCGAAUUGAAAGAAAAUGAAAAGUAAAAAACACCCUUAUGUGGAUUAAAAAAUAAAUAUAAAAAGCUGUAAAAAUUAUGAGAAACUAUGUAUGUAUAAUUAAAGAUGAAAUGUUGCAAAAAUUAGUGAAAAUAAAAAUUUAAAAAAUCUA